CUCUUGAAGCAAUUAAUCCAGGAAAACCAUUAUGAUAGCUAAUCAAUAUAUAGAUAUAUAUACUAUGGAAAUGAAUUUUCAUAUUUGUCUCUAGAGAUCAUUGAGAUCAAAAUUACGGAGAUCAGAAAUGGAUACUCCGGCGUCAAGUCAUGAUCAUCCUUUGGUCCUAAAUCAUACCAUGCAUAAUCGUCAUGAGCUUGCUUCCCUCCUCCACUGCAACAAAUGCGGAUACGCUAUCGUGAGAGGUUCUUUUUAUUCUUGUUUUCACUGUGGCUAUCACCUCCAUUAUCAUUGUGCUGUAACAAUGCCACCCAAAAUCAAUCACCCCUUUCACCCUCAACACCCCUUGUCCUGGUGUAUUAUAGGGUCUUUUACAUGUGCCUUUUGCUAUCCACAUGAUAGCAAUUUUCUAAACCCAUUGAGAGAAGAAUAUUAUUCAUACUCAUGUAUUGAGUACAAUUUGAAGUUGGAUAUUGAAUGCGCUUUGGCACCCACCAUAACAUGCUAUGAUGAUCAAACUCGACCUCUUUGUCAUCUACAACCAAUGGACCUUGUUGAAAAAGAAGAUGGAUUAUCAUUUUCUGCUUGCUGUGUAUGUGAAUCACCAUCUCGAUUUGGUAGCUCAACGUAUUAUUAUUAUUGCAAAAUAUGUGAGUUUUCUGUUCACAAAUCAUGUACUAAUUUUUCUAGAGAUAUAAUGCACCCUUUUCAUCCAAAACAUCGUCUUUUCCUUCAUUUUUCAUAUGGCAUACUUGAUUGUUCUUCUUGCGGGAGAGAUUGUUGUUAUAGGUUCAAUUUUCGAUGUAAGGAGUGUGACGUUAAUGUGUGUAUAAGAUGUACUUUUCUGAGACCUUGCAUAAGAUAUCAAGGGCAUGACCAUCUUCUUUGCUAUGUUAACUAUGUAUGGAAAUUUUAUUCCCGUACUAGUUGUGAUGCUGAUGAUGCUUAUUGUAAACAAUAUUCCAUGGGUGACUUAAGUGAAUUUAAUUGGAGUAGAAACCACGUAUUGCGUUGCGUUCCAUGUCAGUUCAAUCUCCACUUACUUUGUGGUCCAUUGCCAUCCGUCAUAAAACACAAAUGCCAUAUUCACCCUCUCACUCUCGUUGAUUCAUUGAUUGAAGAUGAUUCAGGUGAAUACUACUGUGAUUCUUGUGAAAAGGAAAGAGAUCCACGACUUUGUGUUUAUUAUUGUGAAGGAUGCAAGUAUGUUGCUCAUGUCCAAUGUGUGAUAUCCGAGGUUUUACGUGUAUUGAAGGGAGAAUUAAAAGAUGUAGAACUGAGAAUUGUGGGACAAAAUGAGCUUGACACAGAAAUAAUGGAGAAAAAUUUAGUGCUAGACAAAGAGAAAGAGGAAAGUGCCUUGGUGGGGGAACAAGGUAAGGCUUCCAUGACCUUGAUGGAUUUAGUUUCCGAGUUAUCGAAAAGAAUUGGACGAUUUGCACUUAGUGUUAGUAGAUUAUAA